CCUGAGGCGCGUCUCCCCGGCAGAGAGACGCUGAGAGGGAGGGAGGAUGCCUCGCUCCUUCCUGGUGAAGAGUAAGAGGGCGCACAGUUAUCACCAGCCCCGCACACUGGACCACAUUCUGGCACACUUCUGCACAGGUCCUUGGAGUGAAGAUGCCGGGUGUCCCCCACCGUGUGUCCUCCCGGAUCGGGCUGGUCCACCUGAGACUCUCUCUGCAGAGGACGCGGCGGACGUGACCGUGGACUCGAUGACUUUCUCUCCCGGCUCUCACGUCACGGACGCGGCUGACUUCUCGCCCAAGUCCCCGCUGAGCUGCUCCGGCAGUCUGUGCGCUCCUUCCCCGGACUACGAGGGCUUCUGGAGGCCGCCGUCUCCGUCUGCGUCGCCGGUAGAUUCGGUCAAGUCUUUCUCUCCUCUGGUGGACGACACGCAGCCCUUCGCGGUACCCUUCCGGCCGUAUGAAUGGAGCGGCUGCGCGGGGCCCGCAGUGCAGGGCCUCUAUCCCGGCGUGGAGGUGGACAGGGCCCCCGCCUCCUCGGUGCAGGGCUUCUACCCUGGUGAUCCUGUGCACUCGUCCGUGUACUCGCAGGAGACGUUAAGGACGUACGGCCGGCACGCCGCCGCGCUGCUCUUCCAGGAGGGGGGCCUCCACGCCGCGGCCCCCGAAGCAAGGCCCCCGCCGGAGGUGCUGUGCGCCAGUCUGAUGCUGAGCGGUGCCUACAAGUGCGUCAAGUGCAGCAAGGUGUUUUCCACGCCACACGGCCUGGAGGUCCACGUGCGCAGGUCUCACAGCGGCACCAGGCCGUUUGCUUGUCACAUCUGCAACAAAACAUUCGGACAUGCAGUCAGUCUGGAGCAACACAAGGCCGUGCACUCUCAGGAGAGAAGUUUCGACUGUAAAAUCUGCGGCAAAAGCUUCAAGAGGUCGUCCACGCUGUCCACGCACCUCCUCAUCCACUCGGACACGCGGCCCUACCCGUGUCAGUACUGCGGCAAGAGGUUCCAUCAGAAGUCCGACAUGAAGAAGCACACCUUCAUCCACACCGGUGAGAAGCCUCACAAGUGUCAGGUGUGUGGCAAAGCCUUCAGCCAAAGCUCCAACCUGAUCACGCACAGCCGCAAGCACACCGGUUACAAGCCCUUCGGCUGCGAGCUGUGCGGUAAAGGCUUCCAGAGGAAAGUGGACCUGCGGAGACACAAAGACACGCAACAUGGACUCAAAUAGCUUCAUCGGAAGCCGAGAGAAACGAUGCAUCAUGUACAGCAUAUCAUCUAUUGUGUAAAAAAAAAAGUAAAACAACAACAAAAGCAUAAUUUAUUUUCUAUGAACAAAACACGGCGCAGCGUCAAACACUACAAUGUUGGAUUUAACUGUGAGGGGAGAUGGAAAUCUUUGUCAUGCUGGCAAAACAACAUGAGACAUUUAAUGAUGAGCACUCGACCCCGCCCCCAACUUCAUUUCUUCUCACCGCUCAUGAAGUUUUUGGCUGUUGACAAAACGAGGUCAUGACGUCACACACUGUAGGUGUGGUUGUUUUUCUUCCUGCUUCGACAGCUGCAUUAAAACGAUACAUGCCAUAUUAAACGUGACUCUGUUUAUUGGAAAAGAACAAUUUAGUCUAUGGAUUGUGAACAAUAAUUAGUCAGUAAAAUGGUCACAAAGUGCUUUCUAGGACAUUCGUAAUCAGGGCUGCCCGGGGCCAAAUUAAGACCCUAAGCAGAAUUGUAUUUAUUCAGGGUCCCAUGGGAAAAAAAUCACAUUGGGCCUUCCUGGGAAUGUGUGGUCACCACAUCUUAGGAACCUAAGUGACACAAUAAAAGCAGGUUUCGGAGUACAGUAAUAUGCACAUACAGGGCUGCAAUUAACAAUGAUGUUCUUAGUCGAUUAAUCGAGAAAUCCUAUACAGACUAAAUCAGUGUGAACCAAACAAAAACCGCAACAUAUAAAAAAAACAGGAAAAAAUGUCAAUCACUGUUUUCCAAACUCAAAGCUGAUAUGAAACACAAAGUUAAUAGGUCUGCUUCAUUGAUGACUGAGGAAAUAAAAAAUAUUCACACUUGAGAGGCUAAAAUUA